GGCCUUUCAGCGUUGCGUAAAUCCGGAAAUACUCGACUUUGCCGGAAAUAGAAAAAGAGUGCUGGAUUUUAAAAGGAAUGAGGAGCAAAGCUAACUGCAUGAAGAGGAAUUAAUGACGGUUUAAAGGAGCAGGAAGGAAACAAAACCAAGCAUGCUGGUGAUGAAGACAGCUGUGUCCUUCCUGAUUGCUGCCUAUGUGUCCACACCAGUCCUGCUCUACGCGCUCCCUUGGACUUUGGGAUACGCCAUAUUUGCUCACCUGUUGAGAAUUCCGUUGUUCGUGGACCUGGGCCGGCCUGAGAACACGCUGAACCACACCAGCAACUUCUACCUGCACAGCGAGGAGGGCAUCACGGUGGGCGUGUGGCACACGCUCCCUGCCAGCCAAUGGGACAAGGCCGCAGGGAAAAGCCCCGAAUGGUACCGAGCGGCUCUUGGAGACGGGAGCCCUGUCAUUGUCUAUCUCCAUGGCAACGUGGGGAACAGGGCCAAAGGUCACAGGGUGCAGCUGGUAAAGAUUUUAAGCCGAAGCGGUUUCCAUGUCCUGUCUUUGGACUACAGAGGCUUUGGCGACUCCACUGGGGAGCCCACUGAGAGCGGUUUGACCACAGACGCCCUCUACCUGUACAAGUGGGUGAAGCGGCACAGCAGGAGGUCCAUGGUGUGCUUGUGGGGACACUCUCUGGGAUCGGGGGUGGCAAGCAACACUGCAGUCAAGCUGCAAGAAGAAGGGUCCACUCUCGAUGCCUUGAUCCUGGAGGCUCCUUUCACUAAAAUAGGAGAGGUUGUCACAGUCUUUCCGCUGUCCAAGCUCUACAUGUUCCUCCCGGGCUUUGAAGACUUCCUGUGGGACACUCUGGAAACAAACAACCUGCUGUUUGCUAACGACGAGAAUGUGAAGGCUCUGACGUGUCCACUUCUCAUCCUGCACGCAGAGGACGACGACGUGGUGCCGUACCACAUGGGUGAGAAGUUGUACCAGGUAGCUGCGCGGGAGCGAAAGGAGCGCCACAGGAACGCCAAGCUGGAAAUGAUCUCCUACGAAGCAAGUCACGGAUUCUCCCACUGUGACAUCUACUUGGACCCCAACCUGCCCAAGUCGGUGCGGGAUUUUCUCAACCUCCGAGGGUAGAGAGACCAUCCAGCUGCACAUCUCCUCAUCAACAUGUAACAGGACUGUAACAUACACACUGUAGAUGCUGAAUGUAACGUACGUUUACUGCAACAUACUGUAUAUAACAGGGGUCACCAACAGGGGCCCGUAAGGACCAGAUGAGUCGCCCGCUGGCCUGUUCUAAAAAUAGCUCAAAUAGCAGCACUUACCAGUGAGCUGCCUCUAUUUUUUAAAUUGUAUUUAUUUACUAGCAAGCUGGUCUCGUGUUUCCUCAACAUUUUUAAUUCUAAGAGAGACAAAACUCAAAUAGAAUUUGAAAAUCCAAGAAAAUAUUUGAAAGACUUGGUCUUCACUUGUUUAAAUAAAUUCAUUUAUUUUUUUAACUUUGCUUCUUAUAACUUUCAGAAAGACAAUUUUAGAGACAAAAUACAACCUUAAAAAUGAUUUUAGGAUUUUAAACACAUAUACCUUUUUACCUUUUAAAUUCCUUCCUCUUCUUUCCUGACAAUUUAAAUCAAUGUUCAAGUCAAUUAUUUUUUUAUUUAUUGUAAAGAAUAAUAAAUACAUUUUAAUUUAAUUAAUUUUAGCUUCUGUUUUUUUCGACAAAGAAUAUUUGUAAAAUAUUUCUUCAAACUUAUUAUGAUUAAAAUUCCCAAAAAUUAUUCUGGCAAAUCUAGAAAAUCUGUAGAAUCAAAUUUAAAUCUUAUUUCAAAGUCUUUUGAAUUUCUUUAAAAAUUUUUGUUCUGGAAAAUCUAGAAGAAAUAAUGAUUUGUCUUUGUUAGAAAUAUAGAUUGGUCCAAUUUGUUAUAUAUUCUAACAAAGUGCAGAUUGGAUUUUAACCUAUUUAAAACAUGUCAUCAACAUUUUAAAAUUAAUCUUAAUCAGGAAAAAUUACUAAUGAUGUUCCAUAAAUUGUUUUUUAAAUGUUUUCAAAAAGAUUCGAAUUAGCUAGUUUUUCUCUUAAUUUUUUUCGGUUGAAUUUUGAAUUUUAAAGAGUCAAAAUUGAAGAUAAACUAUGUUUCAAAAUUUAAUUAAAAUUUUUUUCGUGUUGUCUCCUCUUUUAAACCGUUCAAUUAAGUGUUUUUUUCAUCAUUUAUUCUCUACAAAAAAAAAAUAUAUAUAUAUAGAUUUAUUUAUUAAAGGUAAAUUGAGCAAAUUGGCUAUUUCUGGCAAUUUAUUUAAGUGUGUAUCAAACUGGUAGCCCUUGGCAUUAAUCAGUACCCAAGAAGUAGCUCUUGCUUUCAAAAAGGUUGCUGACCCCUGUUAUACUCCUGCUGUACACAUUGCAGUAAAACCCGAGUGUUACUGUACCGUACCUAUGACCUGUGUUAGAGUAACACACGUGUGACACAGGAGAUACUGUUCCUUUAACGGUGACGCACUGUUACUGUAGCGGUCUUGGCAUUGUGUUACUGUAACCUAGAUGUCAGUGUAACAUACAUGUGACUACUGUCAUUGAUACAGGUUUAGUUGUAUAUGCGACAUGCCGUCUGUUACUGUAACGUUCAUAUCACAUUUGUUACUGUGACGUGCAUAUGGCAUUCCAUAUUUUGCAGAUAAGAUUAAAUGUUACUGUAACAUCUACCAUGUUGCUAUUGUAACAACUAUGUCGCUAUUGUGACACAAAUUGUAUUUCCUGUUACAGUAAUGUGAUGUGUUACUGUAACAUGUAUGCCAUAUACUGUUCCAGUAACAAUCUGAUAUGCUAUGUCAUUGUAACAUGGAUUACAUUUUCUGUUAUAGUAACAUGACAUGUGUAACUGUAAAAUAGCAUAUACUAUUGCAGUUACAUGGGAUGCGUUACUGUAACAUGUAUGCCAUAUACUGUUACUGUAACAUCCCAUGUGUUAUUGUAAGGGCAUUUUCUGUUACAGUAACACAUCUCAUCUUACUAUAACAUGUAUACUAUAUACUGUUUCAGUUACAUGUGAUGUGUUACUGUAACAUGUAUGCCAUAUAAUGUUACAGUAACAUCGAAUGUUAUUGUAACAUGAAUGCCAUUUCCUGUUAUAGUAACGUGACAUGUGUUACUGGAACAGAUAUGAUAUACUGUUGCAGUUACAUGUGAUGUGUUACUGUAACAUCUAAUGUGUUAUUGUAACAUGAAUGGCAUUUUCUGUUACAGUAACGUGACACGUGUUACUGUAACAUGUAUAGUAUAUACUGUUACAGUAACACAUUGUAACAAAUAGCAUAUACUGUUGCAUUAAUAUACAUGUGUUACUGUAACAUGUAUGCCAUAUAAUGUUACAGUAACAUCUAAUAUGCUGUUAUUGUAUCAUGAAUCUGUUAUAGUGACGUGCCAUUUGUUACUGGAACAAAUAGCAUAUACUGUUGCAGUUAUAUGUGAUGUUUUACUGUAACAUGUAUGCCAUAUACCAUUACAGUAACAUCUAAUAUGCUGAUAUUGUAACAUGAAUGCCAUUUCCUGUUACAGUAGCACGGCAUGUGUUAUGCUAACAAAUAGCAUAUACUGUUACAGUUACAUGUGAUGUGUUACUGUAACAUGUAUGCCAUAUACAGUCACAGUAAUGUGCCAUGUGUUACUGUAAAAAAUAGCAUAUAUUGUUGCAGUUACAUGUGGUAUGUUACAGUAACAUCUAAUGUGUUUUUGUAACAUGAAUGCAAUUUCCUGUUACAGCAAUGUGGCAUGUCCUACUGUAACAAAUAGCAUAUACUGUUAUAUGUGAUGUGUUACUGUAACAUGUAAGCCAUAUACUGUUACAGUAACAUCUGUGUUAUUAUAACAUGUAUGUCAUAUACUGUUACAGUAAUGCGCCAUGUCUCACUGUAACAAAUAGCAUACAUUGUUGCAGUUACACGUUACUGUCACAUGUAUAAUAUACACUGUUACAGUAACACAUUGUAACACAUAGCAUACACUGUUGCAGUUACACGUUACUGUCGCAUGUAUAAUAUACACUGUUACAGUAACACAUUGUAACACAUAGCAUACACUGUUGCAGUUUACAUGUUACUGUCACAUGUAUAAUAUACACUGUUACAGCAACACAUUGUAACAAAUAGCAUACACUGUUGCAGUUACACGUUACUGCCACAUGUAUACUAUACACUGUUACAGUAACACAUUGUAACACAUAGCAUAGACUGUUGCAGUUACACGUUACUGUCACAUGUAUACUAUACACUGUUACAGUAACACAUUGUAACACAUAGCAUAGACUGUUGCAGUUACACGUUACUGUCACAUGUAUACUAUACACUGUUACAGUAACACAUUGCAUAGACUGUUGCAGUUACACGUGAUAUGUUACUGUAACAGUAACAUAUUAUGCACUGGAGUUCACACAUGAACCAAAAGCAUGAAGCACUGCAACUUUAAUGUCAACACUGUUAGGAAAGACUGAAGUCAGGAUUGUGUCAAAGAGUCCAGAUCGUGCAAGGAAAUCUCUCAGCUGAAGAAUAGUUUCCAGAAGUUACAGUGAAAAUGUUGGUGUAACAGUCAAAAGCCAAAAGGAGAAAAGGGUUGCGGGUGGCAAAUAAAGCGUGUGAAAGUCA